CAUGAUUGGACAAUAUUUGUCAAAUACAAACAAAAUUGGUAUUAUUUACAUUUUGCAAAAUAUUUUGCAAGUAAACCGGAGUAGGAGUAGGACAUCAAAUCCUAGUAGUACUCGUUAGGAUUUCUUUUUAUUAAAAAACUAUCUUCCUAUCCUAGCCCGUCGUCGGAAAAAGUCCGAGGAAGCUACGAGGACACCGCUACAUGCCAACGGAACGCGGUUAGGAGUCCAACGCCCCCACCAAGAAUCCGCCGCCCCGGCGUCCGGCAUGGGCAGCAGCAGCGACCAUCACGGCGGCGCCUGCAACAAGCGGUCCCGAAACGCCAGCAGCUUCGCGGAAGACGACGACGGCAAGGGCGAGACGAGCCGCCGCCGCAAGAUCUGCGAAGGCGCGCCUACCUCCGGGCCCUCCGGCCGCCCCCGCCACGACGGAGACAGCGGCGACGGCGCUGGCGACUCUUGCGGAGGCCAUGCUCAGGCAGCGCCUCAUGGCGACGGCCCCGACCCCGACCCCGACCCCGGCGAGGAGGAUUACAUGUGCGCGUACGACGACUGCGACGACGACGGCGGCGCUGGCGAGGAGGAUUACAUCUGCGAGUACGACGAUGACGACGGCGUCGGAGGAUCCGAGCAGGCACAGCUCGACGACGCCGCCCCGGCGGCGGCGUGCGCCAGGGAGGAGCGGAGGUACGUGGUUCUAACCGAGGAGGACAUCUGCGCGCGGCAAGAAGCGGACACGGCGAAGGUCGCCGAGGUGCUGUCGAUCCCGCCCGGAUUCGCGGCCGUCCUGCUGCGCCACUUCAAGUGGCGCGUGGGGCGGGUCCAGGAGGAGUGGUUCACGGACGACCGGCGCGUGCGCGGCGCCGUCGGCCUGCCCCUGGACCCGUACCAGCUCGACCUCGUCCCCGCGUCCCGCGGCGCGGGGCCGGGCCCGGGGCCGCGCGUGUGCGGCAUCUGCUUCGACGAGUUCCCGGCGGGGCGGACGGCGUCGGCGGGGUGCGAACACUUGUACUGCCACGGGUGCUGGCAAGGGUACGUCCGCGCCGCGGUGGCCGACGGCCCGCGCUGCCUGUCGCUGCGGUGCCCGGACCCGUCCUGCUCCGCGCCCGUCGUCCGGGAGCUCGUGGACGAGGUGCUGGCUUCGGCGGCGGACGAAUCGGGGAGCGCGGACGACGACGGGGACCGGUACGCGCGGUUCUGGCUGCGGUCGUACGUGGAGGAGAGUGGCGGGAAGGUGCGGUGGUGCGGCGGCGCCGGGUGCGCCCGCGCGCUGGAGUUCCUCGGCGACGCCGCCUCGGCGGACGCGGACGUGUUCUGCGAGUGCGGGCACGGGGUGUGCUGGUCCUGCGGCGAGGAGGCGCACCGGCCGGUGUCGUGCGGCACGGUGCGCGCGUGGCUGGUGAAGAACAGCUCCGACUCGGCGGAGACGGCCAACUGGGUGGUGGCGCACACCAAGCCGUGCCCCAAGUGCGGCCGCCCCAUCGAGAAGAACCAGGGCUGCAACCACAUGCGCUGCUCCCCGCCCUGCGGCCACCACUUCUGCUGGCUCUGCCUCCAGCCGGCGGGAGGCGCCAACCACUACGCCUGCAACGACAGCCGCGCGGGUCCUGCCGCCGGCGCUGACGAAGAAGCGGCGGCUGCGGUGGCGAGCACCGGCACCGGCACCGCCGCCGCCAAGGAGGAGCAGGCGAAUCGGCGUCGGGCGAGGGCGUCGCUGGAGCGGUACCUGUACCACUACGAGCGGUGGGCGUCGAACCGUGCGGCGCUGGAGAGCGCGGCACGGGACAUGGCGGCGCUGGAGCGCGGGGAGCUGGAGCGGAUGGCGAGAGCCGCGGACGUGCCGGCCACGGAGCUCGCGUUCGUGGCGGAGGCGUACCGGCAGGUGGGCGACGGGCGGCGGGUGCUGCGGUGGGCGCACGCGUACGGCUACUUCCUGGACCCGGAGCGCGACGCGGCCAAGCGCGCGCUGUUCGACGACCUGCAGAACCAGGCCAACCGGUGGCUCGAGUGCCUCCACGCCGCCGCCGAGCUCGAGCGGACGGACCUCUUCGGCGACGGCAAGGGCAAGAAGGCGGCGGACGCGCCUGCUGUGGUUGUUGACGCCGAGGCGUUCAGGGCGUACAGGCAGAAGGUGGCUAACCUCACCGGAGUGACGCGCAAGUUCUUGGGCAACCUCGUCAGGGCGUUCGAGACCGACCUGCCGGAAGUGGCGGCGGCGGUGAAUCCCAAUCCGGCGAAGUAGUAGAUAGGCGUAGAUAAGAGGAUGUAUGUAUGGAUUCCCCAUCAUCCGUGUUCGUGUUCCUGUGUAUUGAUCGAAAGAACUUUGAACUGAGAUCAUGAAGGUGCUCGCUGAAAUGCUUGUGGCGCAUCGCAUC